AUGAACUGCACCCAACAAGACAGCAGUGCCAUGUCAAUCUAUGUCAAGCAGAGACAUUGCAGCAAUCAGAACAUUGAUAUCCAUAACAUCAGUAUGGAAUCUUCAGGGUCCUUCAAUGUAAAAUGUGCACAAAGCAACAGCUCCAAGAACGAAAUCCAACAGCAAGUGACAAACCAGCUUGUUAAUACCACAGCAGCCAUCAUUGGAAGUCUGGGCAUUGGUGCCACAGGAGCUGCUGCCAUCACCAACUCUGCAGUCAAUGUUGUGAUGAGCAUCACCAACUCAUACUCACUUGACUGCACCAUGAAGGUCACCACCAGCAAGGGCAUCUACACUGACCAGGACAGUGGUGACAAGUGUGAUAGCCAAAACAUCACCAUCUCCUACAUCAAUUUCAGCGACCUCACUGAAGGCAUUUCACAGUGCAUUCAGAAAAAUGAAAAUGUGAACAAUGCCAAGCAGGCGCUCAUCAAUACCAUCCAGAAUGAGGCCAUGGCCAAGGUCAAAGGUGUGAUGGGACUGAUCCUCAUGAUCGUCCUCAUCAUUGUGAUUGCCAUCAGUGCUGGGACAUACAGUGGUGAGAAGCUCUUGAUGAGCCCAGUCUUCAUGGGUUCUAUCUUUGCUGUGGUGCUGAUCUACAGCAGCAUCACCUGGCUGAAGGAGUGGUUCCCAUUCAACAAGAAGGAUGACAACAAGUACAGGCCUCCCAUGAACAUUGUUCCCAUCUACCCACCCAACAAGGUUGUGCCUGUGAAAAAGUGA